CAAUCUCCCGGGCUGGUCUCAACAAGGUCUCUUCCCUUCUCUGCCCCCAACAAGAACGAACCGCGUAUAACGACCAACCUCCGUUUCCUCCCCGUCCCUUUACAGCGACCUUUAAUCCUUCCUCAGACAUCACAAUGGCCGACUCUCUAGCUCUGCCUUCCUUCCUCAUGGACAAUGCCGUGGGCGCUGCCCUCAAGGAUGCAUACACCUCGUUCUCAGAGCGCAGGGCCGCCCUCGGCCUUCCGAACCCAGGCACCCUGGAUAACAUCUCCCGGGAGGUUCAGAAGGAUGUUCUGCUGUCCAACUUCAUGUUCACCGGUCUUCGGGCAGACCUGACGAAGGUCUUUGGCAUGUCCCCUCUGUUCCGCGUGUCGCAUGCGUUUGCCAUGGGUGGCUCGAGCAACAUGCCCCCGUACAACUUCUCGGCCAUGUACGGAAGUCCAAAGGUCUUUAUGCAAGGCAACCUCGGAAGCGAUGGCGGUCUCGCUGCUGUCGGCAAUUACCGUUGGAACCCCAAGUUGGUUACCAAGACCAACACCCAGAUCAUGCCCGGUGGCCAGGGCCUGAUGCAGAUUGACAAUGACUACACCGGCGACGACUUCUCCGCAUCUCUCAAGGCCUUCAACCCUUCUUACUUGGAAGGAGGUCUUACCGGAAUUUUCGUCGGAAGCUACCUUCAAUCCGUUACUCCCGGCCUGGCCCUUGGCUUCGAAGCCAUCUGGCAGCGUCAGAGCAUGGGUGCUCGUCCGGAGUCCGCCCUUUCUUAUGGUGCUCGCUACAAGGCUGAUGACUGGAUUGCCAGUGCUCAGCUGCAGGCUCAGGGUGUCUUGACGGCCUCUUACUGGAAGAAGCUUUCCGAGCGGGUUGAGGCUGGUGUUGACAUGAACCUCCAGUUCGCUCCUAACGCCGCCGCUGCUCUCAUGGGCGGACCUAGCAGGGAUGGCACCACUUCCAUUGGCGCCAAGUACGACUUCCGCGCUUCCACCUUCCGCGCUCAGGUUGACAGCACCGGAAAGGUCAGCUGUCUUCUCGAGAAGCGGAUAGCUAUGCCUAUCGCUCUUACUUUUGCCGGCGAGAUUGACCAGGCCAAGCAAACGGCUAAGCUCGGUCUUGCUGUUUCCCUCGAGAUCGCUGGCGAGGAGCUGAUGGAGCAGCAGGAGAAGGCCGAUCCCCAGGACAUGAUCCCUCCGCCUUUCUAAGCACGCCGUGGCGUGCAGCUGGGGCUAAUGGGGCCCACGCGAUAGUGGGAGGAUAGAGCUAUUGCUCCGCAUCCGCCCUCGGCUUAUACCUUUUCACUAUUUGUUUUAGUAGCUCUUCUCUCUCCAUGUGCAUGUUUGGACGAUGGUGUAUCACAUCGGUUAUCCCCACGAAUGCGGUUUGCUGGUCCAGGGAGGCAGUCGUUUGGCGCCACGGAACCAAGUUUUGUAUAGAUCCAUCUUCGGUCCAGUCGAGAUAUCUCUUCGA